UGCAUUUCACGUCCGAAAAGGCUCAACCGAGGAAGUUUUAGAUACCAUGCCUGCGCCCGCUUUGCGAAAGGACACCCAUGUGGAAGGAGGAGCUCAGGGGCAUUCCUUCCAAGUUUGCGCUGAAGGCGAAACAGUUGAUGGAGUCGAUGGAUCGCCGGUGACGCCACAGCAGCGCUUUGUGGAUGCGAACGAUCUCUUUGAAGGGCACCUAGCAGGUUUAGUGAAAGCCUUUCAACUUUUGCAGCAACAAAGUUACGAGCUUUUGCAGGAAGCGAAUCCAGGGGUGGGCUGGACGCCCACCACCUGCUGCUCACUGGCGAAGUCGCCUUCAGAGCCUCGUUUUGCAACUUCGAGACUGUUGGACAGCUGGCAGUCAAGUCGUAGCAGCAAAACCGGCGACUUCGCAAGAGACAUUACGCCGCGUGAAGCUAGCAAGCCUAAGAAGGCCCUGACGAAUACAGACAUGGAAGAGAGAUCUAUCAAAGAGCAGUUCGAUCGUUUGAAGGACGAGUCUUCCUCAAUGUUGGGUGUGGAGACGUUGGUGAGACUUUUGUUCACCUACCAUCCCGAUUUGGAGUUUGAGGAUUUGCAGGAAAUGGUGAACAUCCUGGUCUUGGGGACUGAUUCACUGAUCACUCCGGAAGAUGAUCCGAAUCGAGCGCCACGGCGUCUACGUUCGCAUGUCGCCUCCUUCAGCGGUGACAUCUUGGCCGUGAAGUUGGACUACACCGCCUUUCGACGCCUGAGGUGUGAACAUGAACUUCCGGUGAGCUCCAAGAACGUCCUGCGCGACGUAGCCAAGGCUCGCGCCGCCUUGCGCAGUGAAGAGCUUCACACCCAGUUCACGGACGAACCCGUUGAAGAGGAGAAAGUGUACUACGUCUUUUCCGCCCGGACUUCGAAACUCUUGGAGCUUUUGCCGGCGACGGUCAUCGUUCUGAACUCCCUGAGUUUUGCCUUCCAGGAAGUCUUCCCCGGAGACGAUAUGUGGGAAAUUGUGGAAAAUUGUUUCAUGGUCUUCUACUUGAUGGAAGCUACUGUCAAGCUGCGACUGAUGGGUUGCAAAGGCUAUUUCAGGGGGCCGGAAUGGGCUUGGAAUUGGUUUGAUCUGUUUUGCUUAUCGACGUCUCUUUUGGACUUUGGAGUGACACAGGGAGUGCGAGCCGCGGGAGCCAGUCAGUCCGUAGACCUGAGCAUUUUGAUGUUGCUGAAGAUGUUGCGUUUGGCACGUCUGGCGCGGCUCAUUCGUGCCUUGCGCUAUCCUAUCUUUCGAGAGCUGAAUUUGAUGGUCAUGGGCGUGGUUUCUGGCAUGAGAGUCUUGAUUUGGGCGAUCUUCCUGCUGAUCGUUUUUAUCUACGUCGUUGCUCUUGCCAUGUGCCGACUUGUGGGUGACACCGAGCAGGAGUUUGAGACGCUCAUGGUUUCGAUGUUGACGCUCUUCCGUUGCUUCACUGAUGGUUGCGCGGCAUUCGAUGGCACGCCCCUGCAGGACCGUCUCUUACGCCAUUACGGCUGGAGAUUCUUCAUCGGCUACAUCUUGGUCUUUAUGCUAGUAACAGUUGGAAUCUUCAAUCUGAUCAUGGCAAUCUUCAUUGACAACGUGAUGACGACCCAACUUGAGCGCAAACAAAGGGAUUUGUCGGAAACGGCAAGUGACACAGAGGUUGCUUUGAAAGACAACCUAUGCAGGCUGUUGCUGCUCAGCAAGACCCAGUUGGUGCCUACUACGAUUGCAGAGGAGAUUAGAUCCAUUGGUGAAGCCAACCUUAGUCACAAGGCCAAAGUACGAGCCCAGUUCGAUUGCCUCUUAGACACGGAUGUGGUCAUCAGCCGUGAUGCCUUUCGAGUAUGGCUCCAAGAUCGCGAAUUUUUGCGCGUCUUGGAGGAUGCUGACAUCGACAUCCACAACAAAUCCACGUUGUUUGACCUCAUGGAUGCAGACAUGGGUGGUUCAUUGAGCACUGAUGAAGUCUAUAACGGGCUAAUGCAACUACGUGGGCCUCCAACCAAGGGAGACAUUGUGGGCAUCAGUUUGAGGGUGACUCACAUCGCACGACUGGUACAAGAGUCGAUCAAGGACUUGUGAUGCUCCGAGGAAUUCGCUUAGCGCAUGUCGGCGGGGUGGCGGGAGCCUUCCACCUCCGAUGGGGGGCAGCAGGAACAAUAUGUGUUUU